AAGCACCUCUGCCCUGUGCAAAUAAACCAUGUGGUAGCAGUGCUAAGUGUAUUAACCUAUAUCAAGGUUAUAUGUGCCAGUGCCCAUAUGGAUACUACUAUACAACAUCAAGAUGUCAGGAAGGAAAAGUAUUCCCUGGACAGUUGACAUUGAAAAUACCGUAUACCGACAGCAUGGCAAAUGAAAACGCUCUAAAGUAUAAGGAAUUAUACAAAAAUGUCACAGAUUUUUUCAACACAACUUUCAAAAAUAAGACAGACUAUGGAGAGACAAUAAUUGUGAAUAUAAAACAAAGUUCAGCAAAAUCUAAAAUACAGAAUAAAGCGGAGACCAGUGGAACUACUGUGACAGUAAUCAACAUGUUUGAAGUGACCACAAAAUUAAAGGCUAGUGAUGUUGCUAGCCUCAUAAGAGAAGCAAUGAAAGGCAAUUCCUAUUUCAGUAAUGAUAGCUAUCAAGAACUUCCACAAUGUGCUAUUUAUGGCUGUGAUGCGGCAACUACUAAUUGUGUGGAAAAUGAUGGAGUAAAGUGUGAAUGUAAAUCAGGAUUGUCUAAGAAGAACAAAGAAGAAAAAACCUGUUCAGAUUGUAAUAACGCAUGUUCUGAAGAAAAUCACAUGCAUUGUGUUACGGGUAAAAACAGCGCCCCAGUUUGCCAAUGUCUUCCUAAUUUCAAAAACAAAGAUGGAAACUGCGUGGAGUGUGAUGUGGGCUACUCUGGAGUAAACUGUAGCAACAAUUCCUUGUUGAUCCUUAUUAUUGUGGCUGUCCUAUGUGGGGCUCUGAUCCUGGGCUUAACUGCAGGACUCAUUUUCACUUCAGUGAGAGCAAAUAAAAGGCAAAAAAAUCCAGAGAAGAGUCAUUUGCUGAAAGAGGACUAUUCAGAUAACAGAGAAACACCUGGACGUCCUUCUGCCAUCAAGCCUGCUGCAAAUGAUAAAAUCUUUCCCACAAUCCAGACUAGAAAUGCUAGUCAAGUGAACCAAGGGUUUGAGAUAAGCAACCCUUAUGAGAUGGGAACACCAACAAUGAGACUUCCUGAGAGGGAUUAUGAUGAUUAUGAGUAUGAAAUGUCAUCAAAGAUUGAUGGCUUCAGGCUUCAGCGCAGAUACUGAAUUUAAGCAGAACAAGAGACCAGCAGCUUGAAGAGAUAUGAGAGCCAUGACAACAGACCACAGUAGAUGGGUUCUGCAGCUUCAUCACCUACCAGAAGAUUUUUGUUGGGUAGCAAUUAGAAUGCUUAAAUUGACGACAAAUUCUGUAGACAACUUUUUAAAUGAAUACAGCAAUCUGAAGGAGACAUCUGUAUAACUAAUCUGCUUAAAUAAGUGAAAAUUAAAAUGGGGACAAGAUUAUUUAAGGACACUAUGGGCUUGUAAAUCACAGAUUGUGUCUACACAAGAUUUUUUCAGGAAGCCUCCCACCCAUGCAGCUUUAGCAGUGGCAACCAUAGUGGGAGAGCUAGCAUAUACAGGGCACCAGCAUUUUAACUACUAUGUUGUCUAACCCUAUUCAGAGAAGGUCCAGAUGACAUGGUGAUGACCGCCAUCUGAGCUGGUCUGCACCAGCACUCUUGCCAUUGCUACCACGGGCAAAGAUGUGUUAACAUCAUGAAAAAC